GAAGAGCCAUAGUUGACUGAUGGCGCACAGUGAGUGAAAUGCCUUGGGCUCAACAUGUUCCAGUCAUGUAAAGAAAAGGCAGAAGGGCUAAUUUGACAUGAUGCCUCGUGACACUUGACAUAGGAGCUUUGCUGCAACUAUGAUGCAAUAUGCCCAUGCCUCAUUCGCCAACACCUGGACAGAAGACGAACAAAGAGAAGCAAAGAGAGAAGGGAACUCAGGCUGUUGAGAGGAUUCAGAAGAAGUAGCUACAUUCUUGCUCCUUACAGCUGACUGGGACGAUCAGACAGGGGGAGACACUAAGGAUCAUUCCAUCUCCCUUCCUGAUAAACUGCGUGAGUGAGCCCUGCCUUUGUAUUAGGAGGUUGCGCACACCAUGCAAAAAAAUGACCUGUCCGUGGAUGACACCCAGCGGGACAGCGUGUCUGACGAAUGGACGGACUCCCCGGAGCUGGGUCCUGUCACCUGCAUGGAGCCCUUCUUGGUGCGGAGGCUAUCGUGCCGCACGGUGCAGCUGCCCCCUCUGGCCUUCAGACAGGCCGAGCAGAUGUACUUUGACCGCAAACCGGAUGCCGACACGGUCAGCGUUCCUCCGCGGCCCAACACUCUGCCGCUUCGCACGCCGCCUCUCAUUGCCAUCACUUCCGCUGACACCAGCAGAAAUGCCGGUACCUGCGGUGUGAGCGGAUAAACAACAAGGACACAAGCGGCCGCUCACCAAUGAGUCUCGCUUGCUACGGGGGCUUUCAUUAGAGAGACUGGAUAAUAAAGCGCUGCUAAUGGAAUUCAAAGGCAAAGAGGGGUGAUUGAUAUGUAGAAGUAACAAAAACACGAUGUCGAAAGUGUGUGGGUUACACGACCGGGCAACUUUGAAACAGAACACACAAAUGAUUUACUGUUCCUUUAUAAUAGGCUUUUGUCUGCUUUUCCAACAACAAUGCGUCAGGAACUCAAAAAAAAAAAUUCUACUUGUAGUUUCGACUGAAUCAUUCUGUCAUCAGCCGGUGCGGAAACGACGCAGAAGAGGACGACUAUUGACAAGUGUGUUAUGUAUCACUUUCACCAAGUUGGACGAUGAGGAGGUGACUCUGAUGAUAUAGUUAAGUCAGA